CAGCAAAACAUAUACCGUAUUCACUCUGGGCCGCCUCUUCCCCCACUGUAAUAAAAUCCUCUCUUUCUCGGUUGCUUUCCCAAACAGAAAAUAGCCUCCCUUUUCUUCGAAUCAUUAUCCCUUACAAACGCCAAAACUAAACACCGCUACCACUUUCUCAGUCUCUUACACACGUACACGUAUAUACAUAGACCAAAGUUGGUGUGUUUGAUUUGUUCAAGGGAGGAAUUGAACAGGAGAUUGGGAUGGGAAGGUCACCCUGCUGUGAGAAGGCACAUACCAAUAAAGGUGCCUGGACCAAAGAGGAAGACCAACGCCUCACUGAUUACAUCCGUAUUCAUGGUGAAGGCUGCUGGCGUUCCCUCCCCAAAGCUGCUGGGCUGCUUAGGUGUGGCAAGAGUUGCAGAUUAAGAUGGAUUAACUACUUGAGACCUAAUCUUAAGAGGGGGAAUUUCACUGAACAAGAGGAUGAUCUUAUCAUCCAGGUCCACAGUUUACUCGGAAACAAAUGGUCUUUGAUAGCGGCAAGAUUACCGGGAAGAACAGAUAAUGAGAUCAAGAACUACUGGAACACCCACAUCAAAAGGAAGCUUUUAAGCAGAGGAAUCGAUCCUCAAACUCAUCGUCCACUCAAUCAAGCCACUACCAAUAAAAAUACACACACUGAAUUGGAUUUCAGAAGCGUUUCUGCAAACCCAUCUCUGGCUUUCAAAUUCAACGAGUUCCAAAUUAAGGCGAAGGCGGAACCAGUCGAAGAAGGCAACUCUAGCAGCAGCGGGAUGACUACAGACGAAGAGCAACAGCAGCAGGACAAAAUUCCAAGCGACGAGCAAGAGUUAGAUUUGGAGCUAUCAAUUGGGGUUUCUCCAUUUGGAAGGAAGAACAACUACACAACCGGGGUUUCAACCGCUAACUCGACCGAGUACAAACCACUGUUCGACGACAGGGAUCUCGGUUUUCCCGGACAAGCUUCUAUCUGUUUGUGUCGCCGGUUGGGGUUACAAACAAGUGAAAACUGUAGCAACUGUCGAAAUUCAAAUGGGUUGAACAGAUGUUGUUAAGUUUCCUGUUCGUCG